AUGGAGGGGGAGGCUGCGGGGGCUUCCCCGGACUUCCACUUCUACCCCACGGAUCUGUAUGACUCCGAAGACCGGCUGCACCUCUUCCCAGAAGAACCCACGAGGACGGGAAGAGAAGUCCACGCCGAAAUGGCCGGCGAGCCCGGGGGCGCAGCGCCAGGUAAGGCCCAGAGAGACCUGGAGGAGGAUGUGGAUGAGCUUGUCCAUUUGUCCGCACUCGGAGGUGCUGGCGAGUGGGGCGCCGAGCUCGCCGACGGAAGCGCGGCCCACAUGGAGGUUUUGGACCAUCGGCUGCACGGGGUGCAGAGGGACUGGCGACUGGGGGCCGAGGCCGAGGCCGAGGCCGAGGCCGAGGCUGGGGACCGUGUCUUUGCGGGCUGGGGCGCCGCGGGCUCCAGCCGGGACCUGCGAGAAGCCUACAGGUACGCGCACGGCCGAGCCAGCGAGGAGUACGAGUGCUACGUCAUCCCCGAGGAGGACGAAGACGAAGCCGCCCUGGUCUUCUGCGUCACUUGCAGAGCUCCGGUAAGGGCGGUGGAGGUUUCGGACGAACACAGACAGCAUGAGGUGACCCCGCUCAGCAAGGCGCUGGAGAGCGCCAAGGAUGAAAUUCACAAAAACAUGUUCAAAUUGGAAAAGCAGAUUAUCCAGAUGGAGAAUUUUGCAAAUCACUUGGAGGAGGUUUUCAUCACGGUGGAGGAGAACUUCGGAAGACAAGAACAAAACUUUGAGUCACAUUACAACGAGAUCUUGGAAACACUCGCUCAAAAGUAUGAAGAAAAAAUACGAGCUCUAGGGGAGAAAAAGAGAGCAAAGUUGGAAGCCUUGUAUGGACAGCUGGUCAGCUGUGGGGAAAACCUCGACACCUGUAAGGAACUCAUGGAAACCAUAGAGGAGAUGUGCCAUGAGGAGAAGGUUGACUUCAUCAAGGAUGCUGUGGCCAUGGCUGACAGACUUGGAAGAUUCCUGAAUACAGAAACAGACGUGGAGAUCUCUACACAGCCUGACUUUGAAGACCAGACUCUGGACUUCUCUGAUGUGGAGCAGCUCAUGGGCUCCAUUAACACCAUCCCAGCUCCUUCUGCUCCGGUGAUAAACCCACAGGCCCCCAACUCUGCCACAGGGUCCUCCGUCCGAGUGUGCUGGAGCCUAUAUUCUGAUGACACCGUGGAGAGCUAUCAGCUGUCCUACCGGCCAGUGCAGGACAGCUCGCCUGGGAAGGACCAAGCAGAGUUUACAGUGACUGUCAAAGAAACCUACUGCUCAGUGACAAAUCUUGUGCCAAAUACCCAGUAUGAAUUUUGGGUCACAGCUCAGAACAGGGCUGGCACCAGCCCCGCCAGUGAGCGUGCAGUGUACAUGACAGCACCUUCCCCUCCCAUCAUAAAAAGCAAAGAGAUACGGAGCUGCGAAGAGGCUGCGCUCAUCUGCUGGGAGUCUGGAAACCUGAAUCCCGUGGACUCGUACACGGUGGAGCUGACCCAGGCGGAAACACCUGAAGCAUCGGGCGUAACCGAGUCGGUUGUGGGCAUCCCAUCCUGUGAGUCCCUGGUGCAGCUGCAGCCCAGGCAGACCUACACAAUCUACGUACGAGCCCUCAACGUGGGGGGCCCCAGUGCAAGGAGCGAGCCCGUGACAGUGCACACCACAGGCAGCUGCUUUCCCCUGAACCAGCACACCUGCCCUCCCUGGCUGACCAUUUCUGAAGACGGGUUUACGGUCAUGCGAAGCGAAAGGAAAACCCCCGCGAAGGAGCUGCUCCCUGGCAGCACCCAGUUUACCAGGUGUGUUGCCGUCAUGGGGAAUCUAAUUCCAAUCCGAGGGCGCCACUACUGGGAGGUGGAGGUGGACGAGCGUGCCGACUACACGGUGGGUGUGGCCUUUGAAGAUGUCCCUAAACAGGAGGACCUGGGAGCAAACUGCCUAUCUUGGUGCAUGAGGCACAGAUUUGCAUCAUCGAGGCAUAAGUAUGAGUUCCUGCACAACGAGACGACUCCAGAUAUAAGAAUAACAGUGUCCCCAAGGAAGAUUGGUGUGCUAUUAGACUAUGAAAAUUCAAAAUUGUCAUUUUUCAACGUGGACAUUUCUCAGCACCUUUACACGUUCAGCUGUCAGCUCCACGGAUUUGUGCAUCCCUGUUUUUCUUUGGAAAAGCCUGGCUGUCUGAAGAUACGGAACGGCAUUGCAAUGCCAAAGCACGUCUCUUUCUAUUAGACCAUUCCGAUGCCCGGCUUCCUCUCUUCCGUACCCACUCCUGUAAGCCACUCACCUCUCAGCCGGCAGGGCUGGGCAUUCAGGCACCAUGCACCCGGCACAGUCCCGGUUCACGUUCACCUCUGGCCGACUGGCGUGCUGACGCUCGUUUCACCGGACCUGGAGUCUAGUCCUGCGCACUGCCGCCCGUGUGACGUUAGGUUAGUCAUUACCGGGCCCGGCUGU